AUGAUGGCAGCUUUAAGGGACAUCGCCAGAAAGAGGAACGAACUGCUAAGGAAGCGAAACGAAAUAAAAAUUCUGGCUGAUAAGGUAAGGUCGAAAGACUUACCCACCGAGUCGAGGGAGAAUAAGGCUCGGGACCGCACUAGAAGGCAAAAAGCCAGUAAUGGAGAUGCCUACAAAACGUCAAGAAUAAUGCUGGUGGUCCUCUUGCUAUUUCUAGUUGUGGAGAUCCCCACCACUGUCCUCGUUGUCAUGUAUAGUCUUCUGCUCGCAUUCCGAGCCACACCGCCGCCUUUCUUUGCAGAGGUGCGUGAAGUUUGCAAUCUUCUAAUUGUCUUCUCGUAUCCAUGCAAUUUCGUUAUCUACUUUGUCAUGUCCAAACAGUUUCGAAUUGCCUUUGCGUCUCUGAUUCCCGACUGGUCAAAGCGGAGGCAGGAACACCGAAAAAAGUAG